UCAUGCGCCGUGCGAACCCCAAGUAAACCUGACCAUUGUUGGGCAGAAGUUAUUCCUUUGAAAAGCUCGCCCGAAAAGCUUAUUUUUAACACAGAUGUUAAGGUAAUCUGUAUUGAAAAAGCUUCUGUGUAUAUCUGUUUGAGAAUAUCAUGGCUCUCUUUGUUGAAGAUUUGGCCACGAUCGCUCUACUUUGAGGUUGUGUUUGUGUUGUGGUAGUUGUUAUCAGGGAGGUUUUGUCGUCGGUUCAGAAUGCAGACACAGGCGAUGUCAAAAGGAUCUAGUGCCCCACCGGCGAGCUUACCCCCGCUACAAAACCUCCCUUCUUGGUCAAGAAGCUCUCUAGAACGACGAAAACAACCUAAACCUUUAAUACGCGAUCAACUUGAACCGAUCAAGACACUGGAAGAACGAACUAUGGAUCUCGAGAAUGAAGAGAGAGUGAAUGGUCUACCGCGAGUAGUGUCUGCUCCUUCGACAUCAUCCGACUUGAACUCGAACCAAAGGGUCAAAAGCUUGGAAAACAGUUUAGACUUUCUGCAAGCACAGCAUUCACAAGUAUUGGACAAUCUACACGACGAAAUCGAGAGAUUAAAAGAGGAAAAUAAAGCUUUAAAAUUCAAGAUCGUGAUGAUAGCUGGUGGUAUCUCUACUGAAGGCAAUGUAAGUUCAAAUCAGAGGGACAAUAAUUCACAGCCUGAAGAAGCUCAAAUACAUAGCAAAAAAGAACCAAGAAAAAGUAGUGGGUCUGACAAAAUGAGGUCUUGCUUACCAUCUCAGGAAAGAGUGUCAAGCAGGUCACUUCAGGAAAAGAAAGUGACUUCUGGAACUCCCGCAACUUCUGGAGUAAAACCUGGAUCAGCUCGAGGAUCUGGAAAGUCUAGAUCUGCCAACAAACAGAAGACCAAACCACAAGUAGUAAAUGACAAGCCCUUACCUCCUCCCAACAUGGCAGGCUCACAACAUGCACUAAGUCACAAGACACCUCAAGCACCCUUCCAAAAGUCUGUUACUGACAGUCAACAGGUGUUUAUGGUGACAAUUAGAAAAGACAAUUCUAUUGAGGUUCAUUUUCCAACAGAAUCUGCGCCCAGAUCACCAACCUUGUCUGAGUGCAAGACAAUUAUUAAGCAACAGCAAGAGAUGAAUUCUAAACAAGCUCAAGAGUUAACAAGGCUGAAAUCUGAUCUGCGCGAAGCAGCAAACUCCAAUAAGUGGAGCUCAGAUACAUAUCUUCUAACCAAGUCUUACGUCAAGGGUGGCGAUGCAAUAAGCUCUGGUGGUGAAUGGCCACAUGGAAACCGUCCACUUCCCAAACUUCCGAUGCGAGACCAAUCUGUCUCUGGAAAGGCAACAUCAAGAGUGAGGGUGACAUCUGAGAAUGUGUCCCUCCCUAUGUUGCGACCCAACAUAAACUCAACUGUUGCCGACAGAAGGAGAAGGCAACAAGCUAUCCUUAGAGGCAGACCUGGUCGCAAAGACUUCUUCUAACUAUUAUAGUGUCUAAAGAUAAUCUUUUAAAAAAAUAGAAUAUACAAAUCGAUGCUGUGACCUAAAACAUUUUAUAUUUGAAUUCCCAUAUCCUUUUUGACUUUUUCAAAUUUAUCCAUAUAAUAAGCAUCAAAGAAAAAUUUAUUUGUAUAUAGUUUUCCUAUUGCAUACUAUUUUUGUAAAUAGUUUUCCUUAACUUCUUUUCUUUGUAAUUAAUAACAUUUCUUUGUAAUUAGUAGCUCAGAUGUAUCCUGAAUUUGCUUCUUCUGUGUGUUCCUUUGAGAGCACUAUUUAUGAAUGGUAAUAUUUAACUAGAUAUUUCUUGAAGAAAGGUGUGAAAAUCUGCACACAUAGAAUGAGUAUUGGCAUAAAUUGAAAAUAAACGGAUAAAAAUAA